CAAGAGGCCCUCCGCGCAAGCGCCUCGGUUUCUCCAUACGUCUAUGGUUUCUCUGACUCGCUUCGCUCGUCAGAAUUUAGAGACUCCAACAGCGCGAGGGCAUCGACAAGAGGCUAGUUCACGUAGGCGUGGUGCAUGGUAUCAGACACUUUCUAAAAAUCGCCUGAAGCUUUAGCUAGCUCUCUGCAAUCAUGUUCGCUUUGAGGGGAAUGUUAAGGCCAAGUCGUGCCGCUGCCCUGGCGAAGACCUUGAGGAGCACCGGUCUGUACUCUACUGCAGCUGCACCACAACCUAUUGUGACGCCCGACAUCCAUUUCAACAAGCUGUUCAUCAACAACGAGUGGGUGGAUGCUCAGAGUGGGAAGACGUUCCCAACCAUCAACCCAGCUACAGAGGAUGUCAUCACUCACGUAGCUGAAGCUGACAAGGCCGAUGUGGACAUUGCCUACCAUGCUGCGAAUGAGGCCUUCCGUCUUGGCUCACCUUGGCGUACCAUGGAUGCCUCCGAUAGGGGGCGCUGUCUCAAUAAGCUAGCCGAUCUGAUCGAGAGAGAUCAAGUCUACCUCGCUAGCUUGGAGACCCUGGACAAUGGCAAGCCCUUCCAAGUGGCCAUGGCGGGAGAUGUUGCGCUCACUAUGAAAUGCUACAGAUACUAUGCUGGCUGGACAGACAAAAUUGAAGGGAAGACAAUCCCAAUUGAUGGAAAUUUCUUUGCGUACACCAGGCAUGAACCAAUCGGAGUAUGUGGGCAAAUUAUUCCAUGGAACUUCCCUCUGCUGAUGCAAGCCUGGAAGCUGGCCCCAGCCCUGGCCAGUGGGUGCACCGUGGUCAUGAAGGUUGCUGAGCAGACCCCACUGACGGCCCUCUAUAUAGCUAGCCUCAUUAAAGAGGCUGGCUUCCCAGAAGGCGUGGUUAACAUUCUACCGGGAUACGGUCCCACAGCUGGGGCUGCCGUGGCAAGCCAUCCAGGCAUGGAGAAGGUUGCCUUCACAGGAUCCACAGAGGUUGGUAAGAUCAUCCAGACUGCUGCAGCUGACAACCUCAAGAAGGUCACACUCGAGCUGGGAGGCAAGAGUCCAAACAUUGUCAUGGCCGACUGCGACUUGGAAUAUGCUGUUGAGCAGAGUCACUUUGCUCUCUUCUUCAACAUGGGCCAGUGCUGCUGCGCUGGAUCAAGGACGUUUGUCGAAGACAGCAUCUACGACCAGUUCGUGGAGAUGGCAGCAGCACGUGCCAAAACACGAACCGUUGGAAAUCCAUUUGAGGACAUCAACGAGCAAGGACCACAGGUGGACCGAGAGCAGAUGGAUAAGGUUCUUGGCUACAUUGACAGCGGGAAGUCUGAGGGCGCCAAACUACUCUCCGGAGGUCAGAGGGUGGGAGACAAGGGAUUCUUCAUCGAGCCUACCGUCUUCGGGGACGUCACUGAUAACAUGAAGAUCGCAAAGGAAGAGAUCUUUGGACCCGUACAGCAGAUCCUGAAGUUUAGUCAGAUGGACGAAGUGAUCGAACGAGCCAAUAGCAGCAUCUAUGGUCUAGCUGCUUCCGUCUUCACCAAAGACAUUGACAAGGCUCUCUACAUCUCAAACAGUGUGAGAGCUGGAACUGUUUAUGUCAACUGCUAUGACGUCUUCGCAGCCCAGGCUCCAUUCGGAGGUUACAAAGCAUCGGGCAGCGGCAGGGAGCUGGGAGAGUAUGGACUUGACAACUACACAGAGGUCAAAACGGUUAUUGUCAAGAUUCCACAGAAGAACACAUAGGUUAUCCUACAGACAUCCACCUUAUAUUCUGCAAAAUAUCUUAUGAUUUAUCCCCAGAUAAUUUUCAGUUCCCCCCUCCCAAAAAAAAAACAACACACCAACACCCAGUUACAUGUAUAAUAUCUGUCUCCUAGGUUCAAAGUAACUAUUUUAUACAAGGUAUGUUCACUAUUUGUAAGAGGUUCUUUGGUUUUUCCAAAUCCAUUAGUGACCUGUAGGUCUUCUUUGGAUUAUUUGUGUAUUCUGUGCUAUCUUUAUAUUUUACACUCUCAGGGAUUUUGAGGCUUGAUUUUUUAGUAAAAAUAUGUAUAUUGUUUGUCUUUCAUUUUGAAUUCUGUAACUGCUUUUUUCUUCUUAUGUCCUUUGAUUUUGUAACCAUAGUGAUUCACCAAUUAAUCAAGACCAUUUUCAUAAUGUAAUCAAUUUUAUAAAUAAAUAAUAAAUCUGUAAGUGCCUCGUUAAAAAUUACUUCAUUCACCUGUUACGAAUAAAUGAAUUUCGAUAGUCUGAAUGCGAAUUGUAUACAUUAUUUUUUGUUAGGUAGGGUGAGCCAUAAUGUUUGUCCUACCUAGCAACAAGUAAUGUAUGCAGUUCGCAUUCUGACUAUUGAAAUACAAUUAUUCGUAACAUGAGUGAAAUAAUUUGUAACAAGGCACCAAAUAAAGACUUAUGAAUUAAAUUUGAUAACAUUAUGAAAAAAGCCUAUUAUUUUGACUUUCCGUUAUAUGUGCUGAACUUCGAAACUGAUCUGUCAUUGUCUUCAAAGAAAUAUGCCAACUGAAAUCCUGCAGUAGCUAGAAAACUUUAACCUGGAAAUUGUGAGACGAGUGUUGGCCACUUUGUUAUAGUGUUUUAACAUUUCAGUUUAUUUUAAUCAGAGUGUCUUAAAAAGACUUUGUUUAUAUUACAGUGUGACUUUAAUUGGGAGUUGUUUUUUUCCUCUUUUGUACAAAUCAAAUUUGAUAAACACAAAUUAUGUACCGGUACGCAGAAUUUGAAAUUCAAAGAUUUGUGUAGAAUAGAUAAAAAUCAUGUUUUCAAAUUGAGUUUCUGCUUCGUUACUCAAUGAUUAAGAUAAAUCUCAAACAGUUACUCUUGCUUUGUAUAAUUGUUACUUGACUUGUUCAUGCCUUGAAUUUAAACAUUGGAAUAAUUACAUACAUUGUACCUGUUUUAUGAAUAUUGACCAUUAGAAUAUGAUAUGCAAUGCCACCCAUGUUAUAUGACAAGAAAGUAAUGUUGCAUAUCGUAUAACACUCACCACCAUAUUAGAAAAGAACCCUGAAAAAGAAUUGUCUUCUUUUGAAGAAAAAUAGUUUUGCUUUUGAAAUUUAUAGAUUACAUGUUUAUGGAUGUAACAACAAUCUUGUUCCAAAACUUUAAUACUUUUGGUCAGAAAAAUAAGUCACAUUUAGGCAGUUGAAUGUUUCUUGCAUGCAAUGCUCACAAGAUUUAUGUUCGUAUCCAUCCUCCUGAAAACUAAAACUUGAAUAUAGUUAAUGUGGCCACUAAAAGUUAAACCUUUACAUUUACACCGACAUGCCUUUCAGGUUUCACAUAUAUGUGGACCAAAAUUUUCUGAAAUGUUCUAACUGUGCAUUAAUGUUAUUUUCUAUCAUGUAAGUUAACUUUCAACAUACCUGUAUCAGAUUUUAUUUAGAAUUUCGGCUCCAUGAUUUAUAAAAUUGUGGAAUUGUUAUCAUAUUAUGGUUCAAGUGUAUAGUAUAGGAGUCUUUAGAGUGUGAAUAAAUGUUGCCAUCCUUUCCCUAUUGCAAAGAAAAUGCUGCUUGGAGGCAUUAUGUAAGGAAGUUUUACCCGCUCUUGCUUUAUUUGUUGGCUGAACAUGUGCUGAUUAUGUAACAGGGUAGUUUUGUUUUUAAAAAAAGACAAAGAAUAAACAAGUAUUUCUAGAUAUUUAUUUUUACAUUCUAUUGAUGGUUCAACACCUUUUCAUAGUGCAUAGUGUCUGUUUGUACAAGUCAUACUUGCCCCCCUUGAUUUGAAUUGAAAUAAUCAGAGCUAUAUUUAUGUGUUUUCUACAGGGCUUAUUUACAAAACAAAAUUACACAGAAAGAAUUAUAAUCUAAAAUCAUGCUUUGGAUGAAUGAAUGCAAGAUUUCUUAGAAUUGAAUUUGUUGCUAAAAAAUAUAUAUAUCAUGUGGUGUAUGAUAACAUCAUAAUAUCAGGGUAAAAAGCAUGACAAAUGUACAUUGCGGUGUAAGAGGAAAAUUAAACUAAUUUUACAUCAACUUUAA